AUGGCUACUUCGGAAAUUAUAUCGAAACGGCUAGAAAAAUAUGCUUCAGCCAAACCACCUGAUAUAAACGAUUUUGUUAUUCUAAAACCAAUUAGUAGAGGAGCAUUCGGUAAAGUCUUUUUGGGGUAUAAAAAGAACAACACUGAUGUAAUGUACGCUAUUAAAGUUAUGAAAAAAACCGAAAUGAUCAACAAAAACAUGGUAACACAAGUUAUGAAUGAAAGAAACGCUCUGGCCCUCACCAACAAUCCCUUUUGCGUCCACCUAUUUUACUCCUUACAAACCGCAUCUUCGGUAUAUCUAGUCAUGGAGUACAUGGUAGGAGGAGAUUUGAAAUCACUUUUGAGCGUUUUCGGCUUCUUCGAUGAAUCAAUGGCAACCUUUUACAUUGCCGAAGUGUGUCUAGCGCUGCAAUACUUACACAAGCACAACAUAAUCCACAGGGACAUCAAACCGGAUAACAUGCUUCUAUCUAAAGAGGGACAUGUCAAGUUGACUGAUUUUGGGCUGUCCAAUGUGCUCAUACACAGGGAUUUAGAGAUAUCCGAUUUUGAGAACUGCACGCCAAAUAUGUGCAUGAGAACUCCAGGACAGUUGCUUAGUUUGACGUCACAUUUAAGUUUCGGUUCGGGCAACAGCAAGUGCAAAAGUAGAAAUCGUACAGAGUCUCUUUCGGACACGAAUUAUGGCAGUGCUAGGAAACAUCAUUCAUCAAUUUUCACUGAAGUUAGUGAUAAGCAUAUUAAUAAUUCUUCGGUGAUAUCGGGAAUUACUUACCUAUCUGCAGAUUACAAUACCCCAUCACGAAUAUCUGAAUCGUCCUACCAUACUUGCCAGAGCACUCAAGGAGAAAUAUCAGAAGUAUCUUGUACUAAUUCGCCCAUUAGUAGAAAAUUACCAAACUGUUCCCAGUACAAGACCGAAUUUAGAGAUAGAAAACGGAAAUUGAGAUCCCCAUCACCUCAAGGUACCAGAAAGACAUAUAUAAGAACCGGCCUGACAGGUGAAAUAGAGCUGCUGCGAGUGGAUUCGCCUAAAGGUGUCACUUUUUCCACUCCUGUUUCAGCCCAAAAAGCUGCCAAAGUAAAAGCAACAAGAUUCGAUUUGCUCCCCCAACCUAUCAGCACCAGCGGUAGCAUCAAAGCCAAUUCAGUGAUGAGUCCCAUACAAAGCGAAGCCAGUACUCCUAAAACUCCAAGAACACCCUUUAGAACACCUAAAUCCGUGCGGAGGGGCCAAUGGAGUUCGGAUCAAAGAAUUUUGGGUACCCCUGAUUAUCUAGCACCAGAGUUGCUACUGCGCAAAGGCCAUGAUUACUCUGUUGACUGGUGGGCCUUGGGUUGUUGUCUCUAUGAGUUCGUUACUGGGAUUCCGCCUUUUAACGAUUCUACGCCGCAGUUGGUGUUCAAAAACAUUUUGGAACAUAACAUCGAGUGGCCAACCGAAGAUGAACAGUUGUCAGAUGAGAUUGUUCACGCGAUCGAGGCUCUUUUGGAGGAAAAUCAAAAACAGCGUGCCGGAGCCGAAGAUGUGAUGAAAAUGGACGCUUUUAGUAAAUUUGACUGGAACAAUUUGCUAUUUGCCGCGCCCCCUUUUGUUCCGGAACCCUAUGAUUUGACUGAUACUGGUUAUUUUCAAGCUAGAAACGAAUUACUAAAUUUUAAUAUAUCUAAUUUCGAAUUGUAA